AUGGCCAAUGAGCUUCACGUAGAUGCAAUGGAUGCCCGAGUAGAAGGAGUUCAAGAUGAGCAUGAGAAACCAAUGGCUCUGAUCCCAACAGUUCUCGUUGCAGGGAAGCCGGGUGACUCCAAAACCACAGAGAGGGUUGAUACCGUGUCGGCUGAAGACGCGCUCAGACAUGCAACCGAUAGGUGGACUUCUGGAAACAUCCGAAACGAAGUCUACCACAUCCUCGCAGUCGUUCUACCGUUACCCACGAGGUCGUUGGCCAGCAUGCAUAAUCUACGAUCGUGGCGGAAAUUCGAGAACGCUGUCAUUGAAGCACUUCGAGAAAUUCUGAAGAACAAACAGGACUUUACCGAGGGAUAUUAUCCCCGUGAAAAUGGAUCGACUGAAAGAGUAAACGGAACUAUCACUCGCAUGCUCAAGAAAAAACUCUCCUUCGCAGUAGGGCAGAAUUUUGCCAGCAGAAGUAUAUGCAUAUUACUCAUCCCUACACUCGACAACGGGCGAAAGCCCCCAUUUCUUUUCGGACGCGAUCCACAGUAUCCGUCCUCAGUGAUACUGAGAGAGCAUUUGUCCCCAUAUCAAGUCAACUACGUUGACUAUAAAACCGAGCUCCUUACUGGACUAAGGUUGGCCCGUGAGAGUAUAUCGGAGCGUGCUGAAAAGUACCGCACGGCAGUGAAAGCAGCUAUGACAAAAGGUGGAGCACCAAAAAGUCUGAGCAGAAAAAGAGAAGUCUCGAUAUCGAAGUUGACGCAUGAGUGGAGAGGGCCUUACCGAGAGUUGGAGGCAAGCGACAACUCAGCUCUCAUCACACUCAUAGGUGAAAACGAGGAGCCACUCAGGAUACAGUUCGACCAUCUUGUAAAGGUGCCCUCAGAAACUGAUGGUACCCCUAUAAGAGGAAAUACCUCAAGAAGACGAAGAGCCGACCGGAAAAGAUCAAACAGGUGGUGA